GGGCAACCGCUCAACAGAUCCGAGGGUUCCCGGAGGCGGCUGUAGCCCACCAGUGGGGUCCGCUGGGGUCCCUUGCGGCCAGUAUUUUUUAUUAUGGCUUUUCAAGAGAAGAUAGAAGAACAUCCUUUUGUGGAUAUAUUUGAUGAAGAUGAAGCUGAAAAACACUUUAUGUUAUCUAAACCUGUUUGCUUUGUUGUAUUUGGGAAACCAGGUGUUGGGAAGACAACAUUAGCCCGUCACAUAGCACAAGAAUGGAAAUGUAUUCGUGUAGAAGCUCUAACAAUUUUGGAAGAACAUAUUGCCAAUGAAACCGAAGCAGGAGUUAUGUUGCAAUCAAUGCUGAUGAGUGGUCAAAGCAUUCCAGAUGAACUUGUCAUAAAGCUAAUGUUGGAGAAGCUCAACUCCCUAGAAAUCUCUCACUUUGGUUAUAUUAUCACUGAAAUACCAACACUUCCACAGGAUGCCAUGACUACUUUACAGCAAAUAACCUUAAUUAAAAAUCUAGAUUUGAAACCUGAUAUUAUAAUCAAUAUUAAGUGCCCUGACUAUGAUCUAUGCCAAAAAGUUUCUGGGCAAAGGCAGCACAGUACUACCGGGUACAUAUACUCAAGAGAGCAGUGGGAUCCGGAAGUCAUCGAGAAUCGAAGGAAAAAGAAGAAAGAAGCCCAUAAAGAAGUAAGAGGAGAAGAGGAAGGGGAAGAAGAGGAAGAGCAAGAAGAAGAAGAGGCAUUUAUUGCCGAAAUGCAGGUGGUAGCUGAAAUUCUUCAACAUUUAGUUCAGAGGCCAGAGGAUUAUUUGGAAAAUAUUGAGACCAUCGUUAAACUUUAUAAGGAUAUGAUUCUUCAUGCUUUAGAAGAAAUAAUGGCUGAACACAAUCCCCAGUAUUUCAUUGAGCUUGAUGGAAAUAAGCCCCCAGAGGACCUCUUUAACACGGUCAUAGAGCGUCUUAAAUAUCUGAACCUAAGAAGAGCAGCUGUUUUAACUAAACUUCAGAGUGCAGAGGAAGAACUGAAUGAUGCAAUGGACAAUGAUGAGCUGUUUCGUACUCUUGCAUCUUAUAAACUUAUUGCACCAAGAUAUAGAUGGCGGAGAAGCAGAUGGGGACGCUCAUGUCCUGUGACUUUAAAAGAAGGUAACGUUUAUCCAGGAAUGGCUGACCUUUCUGUGAGUUUUCUAGGUAAAAUGUACUGUCUGGCAUCAGAAGAAACAUUAAAAGCAUUUUUAUUGAACCCACGUCCCUAUCUUCUCCCACCAAUGCCUGCACCACCAUUCAAAGUAUUUGUAUUUGGACCUCCAUCUUCAGGGAAAACAACACUUUGCAAUUUGCUUGCAGAACAUUACAAAGGAAAGGUAGUUGACUAUGCCAAACUUGUUCAGCCACGUUUUGAUAAAGCCCUUGAUAUGUUAAGAAAAAAUACUAUAGCUGAGGCCACUCAAGAAGCUAUUAAUACUGUGAGAGAUCGGCUCCUCGCAGAAGCAGAAAAUAAAAAACAAGCUUUAAAAGACAAGGAAAGAGAACUUAAAAUGAAGGAGUAUAAUAAAAGCUUCGGAGAGACACGCUCUUCACUUGAUGUCGAAGGGCUCAUUCUGGAAUCCCAAAGAGCGAGCACUGUAGAGGACAAUGAAGAAGUCAAAAUGAAGUUGGAUAGUGAUCCAACUGUUAAAACUGAUCAAGAUGGUUUGAACAAUGUUUUAUUCACAGAUGAAAGAGAACCUAGUGAACCACCUGUAAUUAAAAUAAGUUUACAAGACAGUCAAGAGCUAAACUUGGAUUUUAAAAAAGACUCAAUAGAAGAGGUAACUGCAGAUCAUCCAGAGGUCCUUUCUGUAAUAAAUGACUUGUUGAAAAUAACAAAGGAUAUGAACUUUGAACAUCCAUAUGAAAAAUAUGCUGAAAUCUUAGAGGAAGUCCUGGAAGAGGUAGUUAAACAAACCAAGAACAGGUUUUCUGGUGCCCCAAAAUCUGGAGGAUGGAUAGUGGACAACUGCCCUGUUACGAAAGAACUGUGGACAACCUUAGUGGAGAAAGGAAUUACACCAGAUUUAGUAAUCUAUUUGUCAGAUACAGAAACCAACGGAAAAUAUUUACUUAAUAGACUGUAUUUAAAGAAUAAAGCUGAAAUUGACGCUAAGAUAUUCGAGAGAUUACUAGAUGAACUAAAAAAGAAAAAAAGAGAGGAAGAAACUUUAAGAAAAAUCAAAGAAGAGGCAUUGAGAAUAGAAGAAGAAAAUCAAAAGCUCUUUGCAGCUCUGAAUGUGAAAACAAAAGAGGUCGACGAGGCUGACCUUGAGGCUUUUGGGGAUGUUGAAGGUGAGGAGGGUGACAUUCCUGAAGUGUCUGAGGCCCUUGAGGAGACCGGGGGGCUCUUAGCAGAGGAGCCUGAAGCUUCCGAGGUUCAGGAACCAGAACCUGAAUCAGAGUCUACUGAGGAAACUACAGUUGGAACAGAAAUUCCAAAAGAAUCCAAAGAGGGUCUGGAAAUUACAUUAUCUCAAACAGAACUUGUACUACCUGAGUUUCCUGAAGACGCUUAUCCUGAUGUUCCUGAGAUGGAACUACUUAAAGACGAGAUAAAAAAUUAUGAGGCCAACUGGAAAAAUCUGGAAUUAAUCAUCAAUGACUCUUUCUUUCCAAUUUUCAAGUUGGAGAUUGCUGGCCAGACUCCAGAGGAGCUAUUUCAGAAAGCAGUGGAGACUAUGGAAAAACCUUUUCAGUAUGUUGCAUGGGAGUUCAAUAUAGAAGACUAUGAGGAAGAAACAGAAGACCUCCAGGCCGAAGCGGAGGUUGAUGAGGAUCUAGAAGAGGAGGAGGAGGAGGAGGAAGAGAAUGAAGACAGAAUGAAAGAGAAGAAAAGACAUUUGGGAGACACAAAGCACUUUUGUCCAGUAGUUCUCAAAGAAAACUUCGUCCUACAACCAGGCAACACAGAAGAAGCAGCUAAAUAUCGAGAAAAGGUCUACUACUUUUCAAGUCCUGAGGCUAGAGAAAAAUUUAUGGAGCAUCCUCAGGAGUAUGUGGCUCACAAUGAACCAUUAAAGGCUCCUCCAUUAAGAAUAUGCCUUCUGGGUCCCCGUGGCUCUGGCAAAACUAUUUGUGGAAGACAGUUAGCAGAAAACUUGGGCAUCUUUCACAUUCAGUUUGAAGAAUUUCUACAAGAAAAAAUCAUGCUCAAAACUGAAAAGAAAGUUGGACCUGAAUUUGAAGAAGAGGCUGAGGAAGAACAACUUGCAAAACAAGAACUUGAAGAGCUUGCAAUUGAGGCCAAUGUCACACUUGAGAAAGAAUAUGCAAAUAAGCCGCCUCCAGAAGUGCAAUUUACAGAAGAAGAAGAAGCAAUCAGAUUAUAUUUAAUGGAAAAUGAAGCAUUGCCUCCCGAAAUUCUAGAAAACAUUCUUUCUGAGUGGUGGCAUAAAGAACCAAUACGUUCCACAGGUUUUAUAUUAGAUGGUUUCCCACGAUAUCCUGAUGAGGCCCAGCUUCUAGGGGAACAUGGAUUUUUCCCAGAUGCUGCUGUUUUAAUACAAGUUGAUGAUCAAGAUGUUUGUGAUCGGCUCCUGCCUCCCCAAAUUGAAAAGUGGAAACUGAAACAGAAGAAGAAAUUAGAAAGGAAACUACUCAUUAAAGAAAUGAAGGCAAAAAUCAGGGAUGAUAUGAUUGCUAAAAGAAGGGCUGAACUUGUAGCAGAGAAAGAGAAAAGAAGGAGGAAAGCUGCCUGCAUUGACAAGUUAUGCAUCACACCUCAGGAACUGAUUUCUCGCCUGGGCGAGUUUGGACAGUUCUGCCCAGUCAGCCUGGCAGAAUCAUAUGAGCUAGUUGAUUGCUCGGAAAUGGAGACCUUGGAAUUUGCCGCAGAAUUCAGAGGGCAUUAUUAUAAAAUGGGUUCUCGGGAAAAACUGAAUUCGAAUAAGGUGAGUAGUAGCCAAUUACGAAGUGUCAAGGAGUGGGUGCGAGGUGAUGAAAUGAAGGCCUUGGCUGUAGCCCAGAGCUUACAAGCACAGAUGUCUACAGCGCCAGGAAGAACGCCACUGAAAUACUGGAAUCAGAAGCUUCCAUACAAACUUCCUCCAUUAAAGGAACCAAUACAUCUCACUAGUCUUCCUUUGCCUGGAUAUCUGGAACAGGGUAUCGCAACUUCUCUAAUUAAAGCAAUGAAUGCAGUAGGAUGCUUAAAGCCCAAAUUUCCUUUCUUAAGUAUAAAGAAAUCCGCGCUCCUCUAUAUAGCAUUUCAUCUAAAAGCCUUUAAUCCCAAAGGUUCUGAAUAUACAAGAAAAAAGUAUAAGAAGAAGAUGGAGCAGUUUGUAGAGAGAUGUGAACUCAUUACAUACCUGAGUGCCCACAUGACCAGAAAAUACAAGGAACCUCAGUUUAGAGCCAUUGACUUUGAUCAUAAAUUACAGACCUUUCUCUCUCUCAGAAAUAUAGACCCAGUUAAAGAAUAG